AUCUGGCGGCUGCGGCCUCGCGGGGGGAGGCUGAACGGUGACAGGGGCAAGGGGUUAUUUUAAGGGGUAGAGCGCUGUGAGACCGUGAGGGGGAGGGGGGUCCCCAGCGCCCAAGCCGGAGCAAGAGACGCGGAGCCCGCGCGAGCGGCGGAGACAGGGCUCCGGAGCCACAGAUCCGGGCCCCGGCCGCCGCCAGGGGCCCCGCCCGGUCCCCCCACCCCACCCCACGUCCCUCCUGCAGCCCAGCUCCGCCCGCAGCCGCCGCGGACCAGGCCCACACUGCCGCCAUGAUGUGCGAGGUGAUGCCCACCAUCAGCGAGGAUGGCCGGCGGGGCUCGGCGCUGGGCCCGGACGAGGCGGGCGGCGAGCUGGAGCGCCUCAUGGUCACGAUGCUCACAGAGCGCGAGCGCCUGCUGGAGACGCUGCGCGAAGCGCAGGACGGGCUGGCGACGGCGCAGCUACGGCUGCGCGAACUGGGCCACGAGAAGGACUCGCUGCAGCGCCAGCUCAGCAUCGCGCUGCCCCAGGAGUUUGCGGCACUGACAAAAGAGUUGAAUUUAUGUCGGGAGCAGUUACUGGAGCGGGAGGAAGAGAUUGCCGAGUUGAAGGCGGAGCGGAAUAACACGCGGCUUCUCCUGGAACAUCUGGAGUGCCUGGUGUCCAGACACGAGAGAUCACUACGCAUGACUGUGGUGAAGCGCCAGGCGCAGUCCCCGGGCGGGGUUUCCUCUGAAGUGGAGGUGCUCAAGGCUCUAAAAUCCCUCUUCGAGCACCACAAGGCCCUGGAUGAGAAGGUCCGGGAGCGGCUGCGGAUGGCGCUGGAGCGGGUGGCAGUACUGGAGGAAGAGCUGGAACUGAGCAACCAGGAGACUCUGAACCUUCGAGAGCAGCUGUCGAGGCGACGGUCGGGAUUGGAGGAGCCUGGCAAGGAGGGGGACGGGCAGUCCCUUGCCAAUGGCCUGGGCCCCAGUGGGGAUUCCAGCCGGCGUACAGCAGAACUGGAGGAGACAAUGGAACGGCAGCGGGCAGAGGUUUGCCAGCUGCGGGAGCGCCUGGCGGUACUGUGUCGCCAGAUGAGCCAGCUGGAGGAGGAGCUGGGUACUGCCCACCGCGAGCUGGGGAAAGCCGAAGAAGCCAACUCUAAGCUCCAGCGAGAUCUCAAGGAGGCACUGGCACAGCGGGAAGAUAUGGAGGAGCGAAUCACAACGUUGGAGAAGCGUUACCUGAGCGCCCAGCGUGAGGCCACAUCUCUGCAUGACGCCAAUGACAAGUUGGAGAACGAGUUGGCCAGUAAAGAAUCACUGUACCGACAGAGUGAAGAGAAGAGCCGUCAGCUGGCCGAGUGGCUGGAUGAUGCCAAACAGAAGCUGCAGCAAACAUUGCAGAAGGCGGAGACCUUGCCUGAGAUAGAGGCACAGCUGGCCCAGCGUGUGGCAGCCCUCAACAAGGCUGAGGAACGUCAUGGGAAUUUCGAGGAAAGACUCCGGCAACUGGAGGCCCAGUUGGAGGAGAAGAACCAGGAGCUGCAGCGGGCCCGGCAGCGAGAGAAGAUGAACGAUGACCACAACAAGCGGCUGUCUGAGACAGUGGACAAACUGCUGAGCGAGUCCAACGAACGGUUACAGCUUCACCUCAAGGAGCGCAUGGGGGCGCUGGAGGAGAAGAACUCCCUGAGUGAGGAGAUUGCCAACAUGAAGAAGCUUCAGGAUGAGCUGCUGCUCAACAAGGAACAGCUCCUGGCUGAGAUGGAGCGGAUGCAGAUGGAGAUCGACCAGCUGCGCGGCAGGCCGCCCUCCUACUCCAGGUCUCUCCCGGGCAGUGCCCUGGAGCUCCGUUACUCCCAGGCACCCACAUUACCUUCUGGUGCCCACCUGGACCCCUAUGGGGCUGGAAGUGGCAGGGCAGGCAAGAGAGGUCGCUGGUCAGGAGUCAAAGACGAGGCAUCCAAGGAUUGGGAACGGGCCGCGCCUGAAGGGUCCAUUCCGCCCCCCUUCCCUGGGGAGCUGGACGGCUCAGAUGAGGAGGAGGCAGAGGGCGUGUUCGGGGCAGAGCUGCUCUCGCCCAGCGGGCAGGCGGAUGUGCAGACUCUGGCCAUCAUGCUCCAGGAGCAGCUGGAGGCCAUCAACAAGGAGAUCAAGCUAAUCCAGGAGGAGAAGGAAACCACAGAGCAAAGGGCAGAGGAGCUGGAGAGUCGGGUGUCGGGGUCUGGCCUGGACUCCCUGGGCCGCUACCGCAGCAGCUGCUCACUGCCCCCCUCCCUCACCACCUCCACCCUGGCUAGCCCCUCCCCUCCUAGCUCAGGGCACUCAACACCCCGUCUGGCGCCCCCAAGCCCUGCCCGGGAGGGCACUGACAAAACUAAUCAUGUCCCCAAGGAAGAUACUGGGGCUCCCCGAGGGGAGGGACCAGCCAUUCCAGGAGACACCCCACCUCCUACUCCCCGCUCUGCCCGCCUUGAGAGAAUGACCCAGGCCUUGGCACUGCAGGCAGGAUCCUUGGAAGAUGGGGGACCAUCCCGGGGCAGUGAGGGGGCUCCAGAUUCCCUGCACAAAGCCCCAAAGAAGAAGAGCAUUAAGUCAUCCAUUGGGCGUCUCUUCGGCAAAAAGGAGAAGGGACGGAUGGUGGCACCUGGCCGGGACAGCCCCUCUCUGGCGGGAACUCCCUCCGAUGAGACUCUGGCCACUGACCCCCUGGGGCUAUCCAAGCUGACAGGCCCAGGAGACAAGGACAGAAGAAACAAGAGGAAGCACGAGCUCCUGGAAGAAGCCUGUCGCCAGGGCCUGCCUUUUGCUGCCUGGGAUGGUCCCACCGUGGUCUCCUGGCUGGAGCUGUGGGUAGGCAUGCCCGCGUGGUACGUGGCUGCCUGCCGCGCCAACGUCAAGAGUGGGGCCAUCAUGGCCAACCUGUCCGAUACGGAGAUCCAGCGCGAGAUCGGAAUCAGCAACCCCCUGCACCGGCUCAAGCUACGCCUCGCCAUCCAGGAGAUGGUUUCGCUCACCUCUCCUUCGGCUCCAGCCUCGUCCCGCACGUCCACAGGAAACGUGUGGAUGACCCACGAGGAGAUGGAAUCCCUCACCGCCACGACCAAGCCCGAGACCAAGGAGAUCAGCUGGGAGCAGAUCCUGGCAUACGGCGACAUGAACCACGAGUGGGUGGGAAAUGACUGGCUGCCCAGCCUGGGGCUGCCCCAGUACCGCAGCUACUUCAUGGAAUCGCUGGUGGAUGCGCGCAUGUUAGACCAUCUGAACAAGAAGGAGCUCCGGGGCCAACUCAAGAUGGUGGACAGCUUCCACAGAGUGAGUUUGCAUUAUGGAAUCAUGUGUCUGAAACGGCUCAACUAUGACCGGAAAGACUUAGAGCGGCGGCGGGAAGAAAGCCAGACCCAGAUCAGAGAUGUGAUGGUGUGGUCCAAUGAGCGGGUCAUGGGUUGGGUAUCCGGCCUCGGUCUGAAGGAAUUCGCCACGAACCUCACGGAGAGCGGGGUGCACGGGGCGCUGCUGGCCCUGGACGAGACCUUCGACUACUCGGACCUGGCUUUGCUCCUGCAGAUCCCCACGCAGAACGCCCAGGCCCGGCAACUCCUGGAGAAAGAAUUCAGCAACCUCAUCUCCUUGGGCACAGACCGGCGGCUGGACGAGGACAGCGCCAAGUCCUUUAGCCGCUCCCCAUCCUGGAGGAAGAUGUUCCGAGAGAAGGACCUCCGAGGCGUCACUCCCGACUCAGCUGAGAUGUUGCCCCCCAACUUUCGUUCGGCCGCAGCAGGAGCCCUGGGCUCGCCUGGGCUUCCUCUCCGCAAGUUGCAACCGGAAGGCCAGAGUUCGGGGAGUUCCCGGGCAGACGGCGUGUCGGUGCGGACAUAUUCCUGCUAGUGUAGACCUGCAGGUGA